AUGGCAAAGGGGGAAGAUAAGAAGCCGGGGAAAGCGGAAGUUGCCACUAAGGCAAAACGCCAAACUACCAAGGCAAUUGACAAAUCAACCAAGAAGAGUGUGAAAAAGGCAGAUGAUAAGGUAAAAGAUAAAAAGAAGGUCGUAAAAAAGACGACUGAGAAAUCUGCAAGCUCAGAUACUGGUAAAGGUAGUAAAAAGAAGACCGAAAAGAAAGAGACAACGAAAACCUCCAAAAGAACAACAAAAGCUGUAAAAACUGAACCUGCGCCAUCACCAUUUAGUAAAAUAGGUCAAAAACAUGUCACACCGCCAAAGGGUGAUGGAACACGAGGAUUCUACGAAAGUCUAUAUGAAGCACACCCAAAUAGUGUAUUGGCUAUAGUAUACUGUGUGGAACAUGGGCUCUUCGGUGGUCAGAAACACCAAGAACUUUAUGAGCGCUAUCAGGAGAUGCGAAAACAAGGAUUUCUUAAAGGGGGAUCAGGCGGCGUUCGUGCAGCUGCAGUACAGUUUCUGCAGAAGUUGGACAAAAAGGCCUCAAAAAAACUUGUAAAACAAGAACAUGAAAAUAAAAUCGCAGAGGCUGCAUAA